CUGGCUCUGAGCAGCGCCGCGCCGGUUGCCUGGGUAAUACAGGGGGCGGCUCGGGGUCCCGGAGCUUCCGCCAUCUCCGGGCGCCGCCCGCUGUGUGGGAGCCGUGUGCGAGGGGCGGGCGGCUCAGCCUGCGCGCGGUAACGCGGCUGUAGCGGCGCCGUGACACGGAGCGCUGUGGCGGCCUCGGCCAUGGCUGUGGGAGAGGCGGAUGGAGCCGGCUCGGAGGAGAGCAGGAGCCGGGAGGCAGAUGUCAUCUCCCGGGGAAACAUCCUGGAGAGCUUCACCGAGAGCCAGGAGGUGCGGGCGCUCCUCGGGAACCUGAGAACCGUGUACGGGGACCCGGUGGCUCAGGAGGUGAUCGUGGAGAAAUUCAUCGUUAUAAUGGACAAGUACCAGGAGCAGCCUCACUUGCUGGAUCGCCACUUAGAGUGGAUGAUGAAUAUGUUGCUGGAUAUAAUACGAGACAGUGAAUCUCCUCCUGUGCUUUUUCACUUGGCUUUUAAAUUCCUUUACAUCAUUACAAAGGUGAGAGGAUACAAACUUUUCCUCCGACUGUUUCCUCAUGAAGUCACUGAUCUACAGCCUGUUUUGGAUAUGAUUGUAGACCAGAAUCCAAAAGACUGUGAGACUUGGGAAACUCGUUAUAUGCUUUUAUUAUGGCUCUCCAUGAUAUGCUUGAUUCCUUUUGAUCUGGCUCGGUUUGAUGGAAAUAUUCUUUCUGAAGAAGGUCACGCUCGUAUGCCAACAAUGGAUCGCAUACUGGAAAUUGCAAAAUGCUACUUGGUUGUCAGUGAUAAGGCUCGAGAUGCAGCUGCUGUGCUGGUUUCCAAAUUCAUCGUUCGCCCUGAUGUCAGACAGAAAAGAAUGGCAGACUUUCUGGACUGGACACUUUCAAUGUUAUCUAAAUCCUCCUUUCAGAGUAUGGAGGGGACUGUUGUCAUCAAUGGCAUGCUGCAGGCCUUGGCACAGUUAUUUAAACAUGGCAAAAGAGAAGAUUGUUUACCAUAUGCCGCUACUGUGCUUGAGUGUCUUGAUAACUGCAAGCUGUCAGAAAGUAAUCAGAUGGUUCUUCGCAAGCUGGGGAUGAAACUUGUUCAACGACUUGGACUGACGUUUGUGAAACCGAAGGUAGCAAAAUGGAGAUACCAGCGUGGCUGUCGAUCUCUGGCUGCCAAUCUGCAGGCUCAGGGUUCAGUUAUGCAGAAUCAAAAGAUAACUGUUGCUGCUAAUGAAGCUGAGGAUGAUGAGGAAUAUGACAUUCCAGGAGAGAUUGAAAAUGUUGUAGAGCAACUGUUGGUUGGACUGAAGGACAAAGACACUAUUGUCAGGUGGUCUGCAGCAAAAGGAAUUGGUAGAAUUACUGGAAGACUUCCCAAAGAAUUAGCAGAUGAUGUGGUUGGAUCUCUAUUGGACUGCUUUAGUUUCCAGGAAACCGACAAUGCGUGGCACGGUGGAUGCCUGGCUCUGGCUGAAUUAGGCAGAAGAGGAUUGUUACUCCCUUCCCGAAUUUCGGAUGUUGUUCCUGUCAUUUUGAAAGCUUUGACAUACGAUGAGAAGAGGGGGUCGUGCAGCGUGGGUUCCAACGUGAGAGAUGCAGCAUGCUAUCUGUCCUGGGCCUUUGCUCGUGCUUAUGAUCCCUCAGAACUGAUACCAUUUAUUAAUCAGAUUUCAAGUGCUUUGGUUAUUGCUGCAGUGUUUGACCGUGAUGUUAACUGCAGAAGAGCUGCUUCUGCUGCCUUCCAGGAGAAUGUUGGGAGACAGGGCACUUUUCCGCACGGCAUAGACAUUCUAACUGCAGCUGAUUAUUUUGCUGUUGGUAACAGAGUUAACUGUUACCUGUCUAUAAGUGUGUAUAUUGCUGGUUUUCCUGAGUAUACACAACCAAUGAUCGAUCAUUUAGUUAACAUGAAGAUCAACCACUGGGAUAGUGUUAUUCGAGAACUUUCAACCAAGGCUCUGCAUAACCUUACCCCACGGGCUCCUGAGUACAUGGCAAAUGUGGUUUUGCCAAGACUGCUGCCUUUAUCAGUGGGCAUAGAUCUUCACGUACGCCACGGGGCAAUUCUUGCCUGUGCUGAGAUCACCCAUGCGUUGUGUAAACUAGCAGAAGAGAAUAAUAGAUCCACAACAUAUUAUUUCAGUGGAAAAUCUUUGGAGGGACUUAAGCAAAUCCACCAAGAGCUUUGCAGUCGACAGUUGUACAGGGGGUUAGGUGGAGAACUGAUGAGACCAGCUGUCUGCACUUUAAUUGAAAAGCUGUCACUAUCAAAAAUGCCGUUUAAAGGAGAUGCAGUGAUCGAGGGCUGGCAGUGGUUAAUAAAUGACAGUCUCAGAAGUCUUCCUCUUGUUUCAUGCGCUGCACGACAGCAUGUAAAGGAAUCUGCAGUGUCUGCACUGAGUGCGUUGUGUAAUGAAUAUUACAUCAAUGAAAAUGGAGAAGCUGAUCCAGCUCUACAGGACGAGCUGGUGACACAGUACAUUGCAGAACUACAGAACGCAGAGCAGAUGAUACGUUGUGGCUUUUCACUCGCUCUUGGAGCCCUUCCAAGGUUUCUGCUGAAGGGCAGGCUUCAACAGGUUUUGGAAGGUUUGAGAAAAGUGACCUUAAUUACCCCCCGAGACGUGAGCUUUGCCGAAUCCAGAAGAGAUGCCCUAAUAGCAAUUGCACAGAUUUGCCAGACAGUAGGUGUAAAGGCAGAAGGAUCCCAGGAAGAAUAUAUCUGCAAAGAUAAUGUUACUCAGAUUUAUGCUACGUUGCUCAACUGUGUGACUGACUACACCACAGACAGCCGAGGAGAUGUUGGAGGAUGGGUACGUGAAGCUGCUAUGACAAGUUUAAUGAAAGUGACGCUUCUGCUGGUUCAGAAUGAAGCAGAGUUAAUUAAUGCCAACAUCUGCAAACAGAUUAUGUGCUGGCUGGCCCAGCAGUCAGCUGAAAAAAUUGAUAAAUUUCGAGCUCAUGCAGGAUCUGUGUUCCUUACUCUCCUACAUUUUGACAAUCCUCCGGUUCCACACGUACCUCAUCGAGAAGAACUAGAGAGGAUAUUUCCAAGGUCAGAGGCAGAAACUCUAAACUGGAAUGCUGCAUCGGAAGCUUUCCCUCGAAUCACCCAGCUGUUAGGUUUGCCAGCAUACCAAUACUACGUGCUGUUGGGUCUCUCGGUGUCUGUUGGUGGAUUAACAGAGACAACGCUCAGGUACUCUGCCCAGAGCCUUUUUGACUACAUGAAGAAAAUCCAGCACGAUUCCGUUGCCAUGGAGGGCUUCUGUGAGACGCUGCUGAAGGUCUUUGAGGACAACCUGCGGAAUGACCGGGUGUCCGUACCCCUCCUGACAAUGCUGGACCAGAUGCUGGCAAACGGCUGCUUUGAUAUAUUUACCAUGCAGGGGAACCAUCCAUUUCCAGUGAAGUUACUUCACCUUUGUAAAGAAGAGAUCAAAAGAUCCAAAGACAUCCGGAAACUUCGCUCCAGCAUAGGAGUCUUUUGUGGCCUGAUUCAAUUUCAAGGAGAUAUGAGGGAGAAAGUUUUGUUUCAGCUGCUUCUCCUCCUUUGCCAUCCAUUUCCUGUGAUACGGAAAACAACAGCCAGUCAAGUUUAUGAGAUGUUGAUAACCUACAGUGAAGUAGUUGAUCCUGCCAUCAUAGACGAGGUUAUGGCCAUCCUCAGUGAUAGUAACUGGGAAGCUGAAGUAGCAGAGCUAAGAGAGAAACGCAACCACCUCUGUGACCUUAUGAAGGUGCCCAAACCACAGCUGGUAACCAGGAGUUCAGCAAAGUGAAGUUGCAGGCUCUGGCUGCUGCUUUCUAAGUUGAAGCUCUUGGUUCAGGUGCUGCUGUGGCAUCUCAACACAUUGGAUUCUCAGUGCGAGCUGCAAAGUACACUGAACAAAAGAAGAGGCAGAAAUUGUCUUACGGCAUCGUGUGGAUUUGCCUGCCCUAGGAAGGCAACAACAAUUGGUUAUGUUGUCUUUUUUUUUUAAUUCAUUAUCUGUAGCCACAAGAUGGCAGUUUGUCUUCAUAGCUUCAUAGUUCUGUCACAAUUGACCUGUUGGGUUUUGGUUAGCUUUUUUUUUUCCCCCCUAUGUCAAUGAUUUACACUUCUUCAAUUCUGAAUGGAACCAUUCAACCCGUGCUUGCUGUUUACACAUUAAAUAUUAAACCUGACUUACUGCAUUAUUCUUA